AAAAAAAUGUCGAGAUGACAUUGAUUUUUUCGAAUUAUGUUUCACAGCGAAUUUUCUAAUGGGUACUGGUGCUGGGAUGAUGUCAGAAAUGCAGUCUUUUAUAAUAAAAUAACUGAGCCUGAAAAAUUGCCAGCAUACAAGCAUGAAAGCGCCAUUGCGGGCCUACAAGAAGCGAACGUUUCUACAUUAACAGCUGUAAAAUUCAGAGAUCUAAUUAACAGAGUUUCACAGGCCCAAUUCAAAAGACUCUACAGGCGUAAAGUCAAACCAGGUGCUUCUGAUAUCGUCAUAAUACAGGACGUUAAAGAUGUUGUGCUGUUCUCGGCGGAGGUGAAAGACCUGUCGUCAGAGUUCAUAAGAUUCUUCCACCUACCAACAAUGGAUGCAUUUCUAAGGGCUGCUAUAGUGUAUUUCCAGUACUUCUUCCAGAUCUGGGAUCACGUAGAGCAGAGAAGAGAAGACGCUAAACGAAAAUUAACGCAACCAAUAGUGACAGUGCUAGAGGAUAAAAUCAUGGACAAUAUUGGCGACCUGAGGAGCAUCCUGUCAAGGGAAUACCAUCGCUUGACAUGCGGCAUGACAGAUGCUCGGAAAUUUUACCACUUGAACAACAAGAACAACGUUUCGACUUCUGACAAAGACAGACGCCUCUUUGAGGCCUUCAUGUGCGUUGCUGUGAGGGUCAUUUGGUGGACGCUGCACAGGAAAAACUUCUCCCUUAUAGAAACUGAGCUCAACAGACUUCUACGGACCAAAGUCUUCAACCUGAUCGAACACAGGCCCAAGAGAGUGGAUACGUUCGAUCUUACCCAAAGCGAGAAGAGAUAUGUGUGGGGUAAGGCGUGCAGAGAUGAGAAGAAGUUGAAGCACAGGUCUCCAGCGGCCCAAGAACUGAUGUUUGCCACUCAUGAUUACAAAAUGCUGGCUAUUGGAAUCACGCAUAUUGAAACGAACGAUCCCAGACAUAAAUUCCUGGAAAUAGCUUAUACAGCUCCUGAGGAAAAACUGUUCUCUCUAGGGGUCGGACUCGGUUUGUUAGGCUACCCAAGAGAUAGACUUGAUACGUUACUGAAACCUAGAGAAAGGACCAAGACAGAUGUUUUAGGGGAAGAACUUAUUGUUCCGCCAUUCAACCUGCCACCAAAACAGGAAUAUGAAGAAAUCAUUAUCAGCCAGUCAUUACCACAAGCACCUCCAAAAUAUAGCGAAACUAGCGACACAAAGAGAAAUCGAAAAGUGCAAAUGAACCUUUGGUUGAAACACGUGGAAUGCUGUGGCAAUAUAUCGCUUAUGGUGGCUGAUACCACAGCUUCCUUGAUGGGAUCUUCAAUCCAUGAACCUGACUCCAGACACUUCGAUGCGGAUUGACAUUGAAGGAUAUUUUUACCAUCAAUAUAGGCAGGAUAUUCUUUUGGAAUAUUCUUGUGGAAUAAAACUCGAUAACUUUCUGA